GGGGCCACGCGGUCCGGGACCUGUUGAUCGCAGGUAUCGCCGGCUGGCUCGGACUACCGCGGGACUGGGGCGAGUGCGCAUGCUCGCGGGCCGCGCUGGGCCAGUCGCGGAGCGGCGGUGACGAACCGUCUCCUCCGCUGCGGUGGUGGCGGUUGCUGCGGUGGUGGCGGUUGCUGUGAUGGCGAUGUGAGGGGCCCGAGGCGGGAUGGUGCUGACCUGGGUAGGGCUGUCUUCUUCCAGUGGGAGAACGAGCUCCUCCGUCCGACAGGCGGUGGAGGAGGCCGAACCCGGCGAGAGAUUUCUGUGAAAAGUCAAGUAAAAUGCUGUGAACUGUGGACUCGCUUAGAUUAAUGUUUGGAUACAGUGAAAGAGAUACUGCAGCAUUCAGUAUGUAGGAUGGAUGUGCCCUUUGCUAGGAUUUGACACUGAAAAUGGGGAACAAUAUAUUUUUAACAAGAAUCAAUAAUUGGAAGUACAAGAUUGGUUAUUUAUUGAUGUUAAAAUGAAAUUUUGAUCAGCAGAGGUGCUAUUACCAGAUUUGUCUUCUGAAUAUUAAUUAAAAAUGACUGAAGUUCAAGCAAUGGUAGAAUUCUCCGUGGAGCUAAACAAGUUCUACAAUGUGGAUUUAUUUCAGAGAGGUUUUUACCAGAUUCGUGCAUCUAUGAAAGUUCCACCAAGAGUCCCCCAUAGACUGGAAGCUAGUUUGUUACAUGCAGCGGGUAUGACUUUAGCCUUUCCAGCUUCAGUUCAUGAUUCUCUGAUUUGCAGUAAAACAUUUCAAAUUCUAUAUAAAAAUGAGGAGGUUGUUUUAAAUGAUGUUAUGAUCUUCAAAGUUAAAAUGUUGUUGGAUGAAAAAAAGAUUGAAGAAACCCUUGAGGAAAUGAGUUUUCUGUUAUCCCUGGAUCUACACUUCACUGAUGGAGAUUAUUCGGCAGAUGAUCUGAAUGCCUUGCAACUAAUAAGUAGCCGAACACUGAAGCUGCACUUUAGCCUCCAUAGAGGUCUUCAUCAUCACGUUAAUGUUAUGUUUGAUUAUUUCCACCUUUCCGUUGUGUCCGUUACAGUCCAUGCAUCUUUGGUUGCAUUACACCAGCCACUAAUAAGCUUUCCUCGCCCCGUGAAGACUACUUGGUUAAAUAGAAAUGCACCAGCACAAAACAGAGAUUCUGUGAUUCCUACUCUUGAAAGUGUGGUCUUUGGUAUUAACUACACAAAACAGUUAUCACCAGAUGGUUGCAGCUUCAUUAUUGCAGACUCCUUCCUACAUCAUGCCUAUCAUUUUCAUUAUACACUUUGUGCCACUUUGCUGCUAGCCUUCAAGGGAUUGCACAGCUACUUCAUUACGGUAACAGAAGAGAUUCCCUCUUGUCAGAAACUAGAACUGGCCAAGGCCAACAUGCAGGUCCUUUAUGAACGCCUUCUCAGAAGAAAACAGCCAGGAACCCAGAAAGACACCUGUCUAGUUUUUAGGAGUAUGAAAAAAGGAAAUCGAGGAGCCAAAAUCUUUCUCAACAUUUCUCAGGUUAAAACGAGCUCAGAAAUAUUUAAGUUGGAUCAGUUUUCACUAAAACAGGACAUGGAUGUAGAAGCUCGGCUUACUGAAUUAUGUGAAGAAGUUAAGAAAAUAGAAAACCCUGACGAACUGGCAGAACUUAUAAAUAUGAAUCUUGCACAACUUUGCUCACUUCUAAUGGCUUUAUGGGGACAGUUUCUGGAAGUUAUAACACUACAUGAAGAACUGAGACUAUUAUUAGCACAACAGCACCAUACUCUGAGGGUACGCAGAUUUUCUGAGGCAUUCUUUUGUUUUGAACACCCAAGAGAUGCUGUCAUUGCAUACCAGGAACUUCAUGCUCAGAGUCAUCUACAGAUGUGCACCGCUAUCAAAAAUACUUCCUUCUGCAGUUCUCUUCCACCCCUACCUAUUGAAUGUAGUGAAUUAGAUGGAGAUCUCAAUUCAUUACCUAUAAUCUUUGAAGAUAGGUAUUUAGAUUCAGUUAUUGAAGACUUAGAUACACCCUGGAUGGGAAUUCAGAAUCUUCAGAGAUCAGAGUCCAAUAGAAUGGAUAAAUAUGAGACUGAAGAAAGCUCUGUAGUUGGACUUUCUAGCCCAGAGGUGAAAGUCAGACUUGCUGGUGCCUCCAGUUUUUGGUAUACAGAAGGUGAAAAGCAGCUAACAAAAUCUCUAAAAGGAAAGAAUGAAGAAUCAAAUAAAUCCAAGGUUAAGGUCACUAAGCUCAUGAAAACUGUGAAAUCUGAAAAUACAAAAAAAAUAAUAAAACAGAACUCUAAGGAUUCUGUGGUUUUGGUAGGCUACAGAUGUUUGAAAAGUACAGCAUCAAAUGAUCUCUUUAAAAGCUUUGAAGGCAAUUCUUCACAUAGUCAGAAAGAAGGUCUGGAUCCCACAAUAUGUGGAUAUAAUUUUGACCCAAAGACCUACGUCAGACAGACAAGUCAAAAGGAAGCUAGCUAUUUGCCAACUAAUACAGAGAGAACUGAACAAAAGUCUCCAGAUGUUGAAAAUAUACAACCAGACCUGUUUGAUCCUUUGAACUCUGGCAGCCUAAAUCUUUGUGCAAAUUUGUCCAUUUCAGGUAAACUUGAUAUCUCCCAGGACGAUAGUGAAAUUACACAAGUGGAACAAAGUGUGGCAACCAGAAGUUCAUCAGACAAUUGCCAUGAUCAUCAAACAGUCCCAUCUGCAGGAGUUAGAACAAUUGAACUAAAGCCCUGUAAUAAAGAUCCUUUCAGUGGAGAGAAAAUAACUGUUAAAAUAGGACCUUGGACAGAGCUUCGACAAGAUGAAAUAUUUGUGGAUAGUUUACAACUACCCAACUUUGAGUCCUUAGAAUCUAAUGGUAAAUCUAAAUCUAUAGAAAUAACACUUGAAAAGGAAGCUUUGCAGGAAGCUAAGUAUCGUUCUAUUGGAGAGUCAUUAGCUAAGUUAAGAAGUAAUCAGUCUGCUUCUUCUACAAAAGAAUAUCAUGUUGUAGUAAGUGGAGAUACAAUUAAGUUACCAGAUAUUAAUGCCACAUAUGCCUCAUCUAGAUUUUCAGAUUCAGGUGUUGAAAGUGAACCAAGUUCUUUUGCAACACAUCCAAACCCCGAUGUAGUAUAUGAAACUGUGCAAGGGCAAGGUCCUUACAAUAAUGAAAGAUUAUUUCCUCAGCUUUUGAUGAAACCUGAUUAUAAUGUAAAAUUUUCAUUAGGAAGUCAUUGUACUGAGAGUACAAGUGCUUUAAGUGAAAUACAGUCGUCUUUGACAUCUAUAAACUCUCUCCCUUCUGAUGAUGAACUGUCACCUGACGAAAACUCUAAGAAAUCUGUUGUACCUGAAUGUCACCUAAGCAAUAGCAAAACUGUAUUAACAACUCUAGGAACAAUUGAUUUGCCAAAAUGUGAUGAUAGUAAAAAUUCAAGUAUUGUUUUGCAGCAGCAGAGUGUCAUAUUUUCAGGGCAUUUGGACAAUGAAACUAUAGCAAUACAUUCCUUAAAUUCAAGCACUAAAGACCCUUUACAAUUUGUUUUUUCAGAUGAAGAUACUUCCAGUGAUGUGAAAAGUAGGUGCAGCUCCAAAUCUAACUUGGACACUAUGUGUAAAGACUCCCAGAGUCCUGAUAAAUCUAAUAACUCUGCAGGAACAGCAAUUACAUUAAAUUCAAAACUGGUUUGUUUAGGCACCCCUUGUGUUGUUUCAGGUUCCAUUUCUACUAGUACAGAAGUUAGUGAAGAUAGAACUGUGAAAAGAAAAAGUAGUGAUCUCAAACAAAUAAAUUCAGAAGCCCCUACAAUUAAAACUGAGACUUCUUUGGGUACAAGUGACCCUUUUUCAGCCAGUCCAGAUAUGGUAAAACAAGGGCUGGUGGAAAAUUAUUUUGGCUCUCAAAACAGUACAGAUAUUUCUUACAUGUAUGCUAUUAGCUACAGCAAUUCAGUUAGCCCUCAGAAGGAAACUUUUGAAAAAGGAAUUAGUAGUCUUCAGCAUGAGCAGGGUAAAGAGGAUGAGGAGGAAGAACAGGAUCAACAAAUGGUUCAAAAUGGGUAUUAUGAAGAAACAGAGUAUUCAGCUCUGGAUGGAACAGUAAAUGCUCACUAUACCAACAGCGAGACAGUAGAAGAAGAAAGACUUAUAAAAUCUGAAAAAAUAAACAGUGAAUUUCUGAGGGAUGGUAUAAAUAUGCCUACCGUCUGUACUUCUGGUUGUUUGUCCUUCCCAUCUGCACUGCGAGAGUCUCCUUGUAGUGUUAAGUAUUCUUCUAAAAGUAAAUUUGUUGCCAUUACAAAGCAGCCAAGCAGCACUUCGUACAACUUCACUUCAUCAGUUUCCUGGUAUGAAAAUUCACCAAAACCUCAAAUACAAGCCUUCCUUCAGGCAAAAGAAGAAUUGAAGCAACUUAAUCUCCCUGGCUUCAUGUACAGUGAUGUUCCUCUGUUGGCCUCCUCAGUCCCCUAUUUUAGCAUGGAAGAAGAGGACGGUUCUGAAGAUGGAGUACAUCUCAUUGUCUGUGUGCAUGGUUUAGAUGGUAACAGUGCAGAUCUGCGAUUAGUAAAAACUUAUAUUGAACUUGGACUGCCUGGAGGAAGAAUUGAUUUUCUUAUGUCUGAGAGAAAUCAGAAUGAUACUUUUGCUGAUUUUGAUAGCAUGACUGAUCGCCUUCUGGAUGAGAUAAUACAAUAUAUUCAGAUAUAUAGUCUAACAGUCUCAAAAAUAAGCUUUAUUGGACAUUCGUUGGGCAAUUUAAUUAUUCGUUCAGUGCUUACAAGGCCAAGGUUUAAAUAUUACCUCAACAAACUUCAUACCUUUCUAUCUCUUUCUGGACCUCACCUUGGUACACUCUACAAUAGCAGUGCUCUUGUUAAUACAGGUCUAUGGUUUAUGCAGAAAUGGAAAAAAUCAGGUUCUCUUUUGCAAUUGACAUGUAGAGAUCAUUCAGACCCUCGCCAAACUUUCUUAUACAAGCUUAGUAAUAAAGCAGGGCUUCAUUAUUUCAAAAAUGUUGUGCUAGUGGGAUCUCUACAGGAUCGCUAUGUUCCUUAUCAUUCUGCCCGCAUUGAAAUGUGUAAAACAGCUUUAAAGGACAAACAGUCAGGACAGAUCUAUUCAGAAAUGAUCCACAACUUGCUUCGUCCAGUCUUGCAAAGCAAAGACUGUAAUUUGGUUCGAUAUAAUGUCAUCAAUGCAUUGCCCAAUACAGCUGACUCACUCAUUGGGAGAGCUGCACAUAUAGCUGUUCUUGAUUCAGAAAUAUUUUUAGAGAAAUUCUUUCUGGUUGCUGCCCUCAAAUAUUUCCAAUAAGAUAAAAACAUUGUUAGAGACUUGACAAUUACCUCAUUCAGCAAUGAUUCAACUAAUGUAUUAUAUUAAACUAUAGAUGCUGGUAAGUUCUAAGAAAUAUUUAUAUCUUUUUAUAUGGAAGAUAAUUUAUAUCAUCCAUGUGUAGAGCUUUUUGAACAUCAACUUUACUUUCUAGGUAAUGUGGCUGUGCAAUAUUUUUUUAAUUUUAUCUUUUUACUUUUCUAUUUUUCAUAUAUUUUGCUACAUAAGUAUUUCAGUGAAAUUUAAGCCCAUAUGUAUGUCUGAUUAUUUAUUAUUGGCUUUCAACAAUUCUUACAUCAGAUUCAUAUUAGAGGCCAUUAUUGCUAGAAUAGCAUGAGAUUUUAAAUUUUAUAGUACUGGAGUAUAUUCAGUUAAUUAUAAAUUUUACUUUUAAUAUUUUACUCUGUUUUAACUGGAAAGAAAAUUAUAGCUGCUAAAAUAUAUUUUUUGAAAUCAACUCUUUAGCCCUGCCAAACCAGGUAGUUCAUAUAUGACAAUGUUAUAAAAGUUUUCUAUAAAAAGUCAUUGUUAUUGUUGCUAUUAAACAUAUGUCAUGCCUAUUAAAAUAUAUUUUCUACUGGUGAUUUCAACAUUCUUUUUCACAUUGCCUUUUAUUACUGGAACUUUUCAUGUUCAUGUUAGCAGCAUCUAGAAAUUUUUGAAUGUUUGAAUGCCCUCUGCCUUGAUUUAGUUGGAAUUUUGCUAAAUUUGGUAAUGUUGCUUGAACUUUCUGACUACAUUUCUUUAACUUUUUUCAUGGACUUCCUUAUAUGUACAUAAUAAUUAAAUGUUGAAAUUUGUGAAAUACUUUUAUGAAUUUAGAUAAUUUUUAAAUUGUUAAAAUUCGUUGAACUAAAAAGAUGUAAAAAUAAUUCAUGCUAAAAAUGGAACAAAAUAAUUAACUUUACGUGUUUGGUGAUACAGAUGCAAAUGUUUUUGAUAUAUGGAGAUGUUAAGUCUUUUGACUUUACUAAAGGUGCUGAAUAGCAUUAAAUUCACUAUUUUCUUUCCUGUUUUACUUGUGAAAAUAAUAAUACACUAAGGGCGAAUAGAAGGCCUGUUUGGAUUCACCAGUUGUGAUUGGACAGAAGGUUUUUGUAAAUAUGUAUUGUAUAAUUGAUGCAUGUUUAUUUUUAGCAUUGUGUUAUUGCCCCUUGUUAAUAAAUGAACAAAUGACUAUCUAGAGGAAUAGCUAAAA